UAUCCCUCUUCUCUUCUCUCUCUGGUCUUUCUCUCUUCUCUGUGUGUAUGUAUUAUCUUCCCAACAGGCUCCAAGGCCUGGCACAUGCGGCUGACCUUUGAACGGCUCUCAGGCGGUUGCAAUCUGCAUCGGUGCAAGCUUUGCGGCAAAGUGGUCACCCACAUACGCAACCAUUAUCAUGUGCACUUUCCGGGCCGCUUCGAAUGUCCACUCUGCCGGGCGACCUACACCAGAAGCGAUAACCUGCGCACGCAUUGCAAGUUCAAGCAUCCGAUGUUCAACCCCGACACCAGAAAGUUCGAAAACAUGCUUUCCCCCACGAUGGCGUCGCAAGCGGCUGCGGCGGCAGCAGCCAUUUCGGCAGCGGCUGCCGCCGCAAACAGCAGCUUUAAGCCCGAUUUUUCCACGGCGGCCGCGGUCGCGAACAGCUUCAAGUCGGAGCAGUUCUCCGCGGCGGCAGCAGUUGCCAAUUACGCGCUCGGCUCCUUCAAGUCCGAGUUCCCCCCCAUUCCGAGCUCGACCGCGGCGGCGGCUGCGGCGGCUGUAGCGGCAGCGGUAGCGGCGUCCGUCUCGCCCGGCGGCGGCGGUGGUGGCGGCGGCGGCAUUGGUGGUGUCGGGAGCGGUGGCGUUGGUAAUAGUAGUAUGGUUGGCAUCAGCAGCGUCGGGGGGAGUGGUAUUGGUGGUGGAGGCGGUGGCGGCGGAGGCGGCGGCGGCGGCGGCAGUAAUCUCAGUAUGCAGGCGGCUGUCGGUGGUGUAGUGACGGGCAGCGGGAUCAUGGCUACCGGCGCGGGCGGCGGUAGAGAUAGCGGCUGUGGCGGUGUCGGUGGCGGUGGGGGAGGUGGAGGAGGUGGAGGUGGUGGUGGUGGUGGCGGCGGAUGUGGUAGUGGUGGUGGAAGCAGUGGCCGGGAAAGUAAUAAUGGUGGCGAUCUGUCCGACUGA